AUGGUAGUCAUCAAGGGCGUCAUGCAAGACGCUCUUAAGUGGCUGUUCUCAGUCCAAGCAGCUUUGAGCCAAGACAAGACAAACGGGAAAUCGCCCCUUGGAACUUUGAAUGCCGUCAAACUGCCACUUUUCUUGAAGAGCAACCCCCUGCCCAACGGCUUGCCGUGGGGUAAGCUGACUGCGGACGGCACCAACUACUACAAGGAGUGGCCCAACACUGGGGUUACUCGCAACUACGAUUUCACCGUCAGUCGUGGAAUCAUUGCUCCUGAUGGAUACGAGCGGAAAGUGCUGCUGGUGAACGGCGCAUUCCCUGGCCCGACCAUCGAGGCUAAUUGGGGAGAUUGGAUUGAAGUCAAGGUUACCAACAACAUCACCGACGGUCCUGAGGGUACUGCUCUGCACUGGCAUGGCUUCCAGCAGAGAAACACCCAGUGGGAAGAUGGCGUCCCUUCAAUUAGCCAGUGUCCCAUCGCUCCGGGCAAGACCUACACCUACAGAUUCCAGGCGACCCUGUAUGGUACUACAUGGUACCACUCUCACUAUUCAUCGCAGUAUGCCGGUGGUUUGUUCGGGCCAAUGGUCAUCUAUGGCCCUGUCAAGUCUCAGCCAGAGAUCGAUCUUGGCCCUAUCAUUCUGUCUGAUUGGUAUCAUAAGCAGUACUUUGACUUGAUCGAGGACAUCCUUCAGGUUAACGGAAAUGGGUUGGUAUUCUCAGACAACAACCUUAUCAACGGCAAGGGUAACUUCAACUGCUCCACAGUUGUUGCUGGAGACAAGACAAAGUGUACCAACAACGCUGGUAUCUCCAAGUUCAAGUUCCAAACCGGCAAGACCCAUCGUCUCCGUCUCAUCAACUCCGGCGCUGAGGGUGUCCAGCGCUUCUCCAUCGAUGGGCACACCAUGACCGUCAUCGCGAAUGACUUUGUUGAGGUGGAGCCUUACGACACCAAGGUCGUCACCCUGGGCAUUGGCCAGAGAACCGACGUCCUCGUCAAGGCCAAUGCUGGUAACAACAACCCGAAGGGCGCCUACUGGAUGCGCAGUAACAUCACCAGCUGUAGUCUGACAAACCAGCAUCUUGGACUUGCUGCGGUUUACUACGACCAGGCCGACCAGAACAAAGCUCCAACCAGCACAGCGUGGGAUGUCCCUGACCCCGGUACCUGCGUUAACGAUGAUCUCGCAAUCACCAAGCCGGUUAUGAAGUUGAAGCCAGCUGCGGCUGCUGUGACCAAGACAAUGGAAAUCAAAGUCUUCCGCAAUGACUCCGGCAUCAUCCAGUGGUCGCUUGAUGGCGUGGACUUCCGCGGUAACUUCAACAAGCCGACGCUUCUUCAAGCCAACAAGGGCAACCUGACUUUUGACGCCGACUGGAAUGUCGACAAUUUCGCGAAUAACGGCAGUGUUCGUGUGGUAGUUAGCAACAACAGUCCCGCAGCGCAUCCGAUGCAUCUGCACGGCUUCAACAUGUAUAUUCUCCACGAGGGGGAUGGGCUUACCUGGGAUGGGACAAUUACAAACCCCGAGAACCCGCAGCGUCGUGAUGUCCAACAAGUUCGCGCCGGCGGACACAUGGUCAUGCAGUUCGACUCGAACGAGAACCCCGGAGUGUGGCCUUUCCAUUGCCACAUUGCUUGGCACGCUUCUGCUGGUCUGUUUGCCCAGUUCUUGGUACAGCCAGACAAAGUCAAACAAUUCCAGAUCCCUCAGAAGGUCGCAGACACUUGUAAAGACUGGCAGUUGUGGACACAGAGCAACAUUCCGGAGGUAAUUGAUAGCGGCCAGUAA